AUCACGGCUCUUACAGAAUCUCACAUUGCUCCCAGUCCUAUUCCCAACUCAAGAGAAGAAGAGAGAAAGUCGGAUCUGGCCUAUGCAACUGGACCCUUCUUUCUUCUUCUCAUUCUUUUUGCUUCUCUUAAAUUUCUCUUCCUUCUUUUUCUCUUCUUGUUAUAGCCAUUGAGUUUUAAUGGCUCAAUUAACAACAUUAUUGAUGUCCUUGUUAACACUUUUUCUAUCAACAAAAGGAGUGAUUUCAACGACUUUUACCAUAUUAAACAAGUGCGAUUACACAGUAUGGCCAGGCAUUCAAUCCAACGCAGGAAUAGCUUCACUUACAACCACAGGCUUCGCUCUGCAGAAGGAUGAGUCCAAAACAAUCACUGCACCAGCCUCAUGGGGCGGUCGAUUCUGGGGCCGAACCCAUUGUUCCCAAGACUCCACAGGCAAAUUCUCCUGCGUCACAGCUGAUUGCAGCUCCGGCAAAGUUGAGUGUGCAGGAAACAACGCUCUGCCGCCGGCAACUCUAGCCGAGUUCACGCUCGAUGGUUAUGGCGGUCUAGAUUUCUUCGAUGUUAGCUUGGUCGAUGGGUACAACCUCCCUAUGCUUGUGGUGCCUCAGGGUGGGAAAGGUCAGAAUUGUUCAACCAUUGGAUGCGUGAGCGACCUUAACGAGUCUUGCCCUUCGGAGCUUAAGGUUACGAGCACCGCCGACGGAGGUGAGAGCGUAGCGUGUAAAAGCGCGUGCGCCGCAUUAGACCAAGAUCAGUACUGUUGUAGAGGCGCGUAUGGCACACCCAACACUUGUAAGCCUUCAACGUACUCUCAGAUCUUUAAGACCGCCUGCCCACACGCGUACAGUUAUGCUUACGACGACAAGACCAGUACCUUCACUUGUGGCGCCUCGCCGGAUUACACCAUCACCUUUUGCCCCGCCCCUAACACUAGCCAAAAAGCUUCACAAGAGCAAAGCACGCAAACUCCCACUACAACGACAAGCUCACCAACCAUCAACGGCACAAUGAUCUACGAAGGUGCAGAGUUAGAUCAAAGUGGAUGUACCCACGUGUUCGGAUCCAAAGCCAUUGCGGUUUUUGUCAGCAUCACAGUGGCAAUAUGGCGGUUUUCGCAAUUCUUCUAAUUUUUCUUUAGCUAACUUUUGUUAGGCCCAAAUCAUGAC